UCGCCCCAAAAAUUGCGUAGCUGAGCUUGCAAUCUCGAUCUUCUCUUUUUCUCGAGCUUUCUUUAAUGGCACUUGCCCAUUCCUUUUUUUUUUUAAUAAAAUUCUCACCGACGACUUUCUUGGUUUCAUCCGCUUUACUCUUUGGUAGUUGCCCCUUCUCUCCUCUUCGCCGCUGUAGACACAUCAAAUCGUAAAACCUUGAAAAUAAACACCAAAAUCUCAAAAUUAAGGGGCUCCAGAUUUGGCUGAGGAAUCUACGAUCACAUCCUCUGAGUAUACGUCUUUAUACGUACAAGAUAACUGGCAGAAGCAACAGUACGGAUCCUACUGAAAUGAAAGAAGAGCAUCACUUUCCAGAAGAGCGUAGUUAUUCCAGAUCUGUAUUGGAACGGAUCGAAACUCUCAUGGACAGGAUUUACAGACAGAAAAUUACCGACCAGGAGGCAGAUAUGAAAUCUAUAUUAUGGUUAGAUCAUAGGGAGAAGACAUUACCCCUAGUCAAUACCCAAAAUAUCAAGACUAACAAUGGCAAGUUCAAGGAUGGCCAUUUGGCAGAAUAUAAGAUGAUGAAAAAAUUCCUUGAAACAUACGAGUUAAAGCAAAAUUUGCUAUACGAAAAAUUAGACCUACAACUAUCUGAGGAUUCGGAAAAUGCGAGUUUACCAACUGAGCAAAAUGAGGUUUUUUUGGCAUGCGCUCGUGCUCAAGAUCGUGGAAGUUGCAUGUCUUUUGAGUCUAAAUUUGUUCAUUUCAUAAACCAACUUUACAACAACGACAACAACAAAGUGGAGUACAAAGAUUUUCAAGGCUUAGAAGAUGCAUUAGCAAACACUGCCUGGGGGAAAGUUCCAGACUACCUCAAAUCUAUUGGGAUCCGAAUAGAAGAUGCUCGUGGAAAAACUACUGAGUUUUCUCAUACUGGAAUACAAAUUCUGGUCUGCGCUGUAAUUAAAGAGAUGGAAGAUAUGUCACUUGAGGAUUUGGAUUGGGGUACAUUGAAAAAGUGGGCAGCUGCGCUCAAUUACGCCAAUGAACAAGGUUUUCAAGUAGGAUUUGCUAAUAAUCUGUUGCAGUGGAAUGUGGUUGCCUAUUUUCAGAAAAAGGAGCUCUAUCAGCUCUCAUAGUUAUAUUUAAUCCUGUAUCUAACAUUCUGCUAUGUUAUAAUGUCUCGUUUUGCGUCAAGUAUGUUUAUGGUUUUCAAUGUCUAAAAUCGUGAGUUGUUGUAUUGGGUCAUAACCGUAUUUAAUUUGUUUAAUCAAUUUAAUCAUAUGUGUCAUA